GAGAGGGUCGCGAGCAGCGACGCGCUCUUCUCUGGAUUGUACUUGAACGGGAGUUUGCGGUUUGGCAGGUUUAUAUACAUCAAAACAGAACAAAGAGACAGUCCUAUAAAAGAAGAGACGGGGAGAAAAGAAUAAAGCGAGGGGAGAAAUCUCUGCGACUGAAUUACAAAAGAAGCUGAGGACGCUCCGCUCAUGUUUUCCACAUCCAAAGAGGACGUAUAAACCGGGACUUUGUGGACAAUUUGGGAGGCUUUUUGUUGUUUUGUGACCAGCAGAAGUUUGUUUGGGACGCCGCUUCUCCUUCUCCUCUAUCUGAUUUUUUUUUCUUCUUCUGUACAUUUUGAAUUUUAAUGUCCACAUCCUCGGCGCACAACUUCCAAAAGCGGACUCCACUUUUUUUUUCUUUUUUUUUUCUUUCUGAAAGGGCUUUUUGAAAGCUGGAGUUUUAUUCGUCCAUGUCCAGGCGCAACUGUCUCGGCUAGAAUGUUGUAAAUACACGCGGAUUUGAUGGUAAACUGCCCAUACUUUGAAAGUUUGAAUAAUUCAUGAGACACAUUUUGCCUGCUCCAAAGAAGUGACUGUAAAAGAGGGAGGGGGGUUAUCCACGAACAUAUUCAUAAGGGUUGACGGAAUGGCCACCGCCGCUUCCAAUCCUUAUCUGGCCAGCAAUAGCAUCUUAUCGUCCGGAUCCAUCGUGCACUCCGACUCCGGCGGGGGGGGCAUGCAGCCGGGCAGCGCUGCGGUUACCUCCGGCUCCGGGGGCUACCGGGGGGACCCCUCGGUCAAGAUGGUGCAGAGUGACUUUAUGCAAGGCGCCAUGGCAGCCAGCAACGGGGGCCACAUGCUGAGCCAUGCGCACCAGUGGGUGACGGCCCUGCCGCACGCGGCGGCGGCGGCCGCGGCGGCCGCGGUGGCCGCCGCCGAGGCCGGCUCCCCCUGGGCGUCCAGCCCCGUCGGGAUGACGGGCAGCCCGCAGCAGCAGGACGGGAAGAACCCCGCCAGAGACGAUCUGCACACGGGCACCGCGCUGCACCACCGGCCGCCGCACCUGCCCCCCCAUCACAGCCACGCCGGGGCGUGGGGGGGCGGCACGGCGGCGCACAUCAACUCCAUCUCCGGGGGGCAGCAGCAGCAGCAGCAGCUGCUCUACUCCCAGCCCACCGGGGGCUUCACUGUGAACGGGAUGCUGAGCCCGGGCAGCCAGAGCCUGGUGCACCCGGGCCUGGUGAGGGGGGACACCCCGGACCUGGACCACGGCAGCCACCACCACCACCACCACCACCAGCACCCGCACCACCAGCACCACGGCGGCGGACACGACCCGCACUCGGACGACGACACCCCCACCUCGGACGACCUGGAGCAGUUCGCCAAGCAGUUCAAGCAGCGGCGGAUCAAGCUGGGCUUUACGCAGGCGGACGUGGGGCUGGCGCUGGGCACGCUGUACGGCAACGUGUUCUCCCAGACCACCAUCUGCAGGUUCGAGGCUCUGCAGCUCAGCUUCAAGAACAUGUGCAAGCUGAAGCCUCUGCUGAACAAGUGGCUGGAGGAGGCCGACUCCACCACGGGCAGCCCCACCAGCAUCGACAAGAUCGCGGCGCAGGGGAGGAAGCGAAAGAAGCGCACGUCCAUCGAGGUGAGCGUCAAGGGGGCUCUGGAGAGCCACUUCCUCAAAUGUCCCAAACCGUCGGCGCAGGAGAUCAGCAGCCUGGCGGACAACUUACAGCUGGAGAAAGAGGUGGUUAGAGUUUGGUUUUGCAAUAGGAGACAAAAGGAAAAGCGGAUGACGCCUCCAGGAGUGGCGCAGACGCCGGAGGAUGUGUACUCUCAGGUCGGCAAUGGGCAUUUUUUAGUAGAUUACUUAAAAGAUGCAAGUGAAGCGAGCGACCAGAGGGUGACAACCACAAGUUCAUUCCACCAGGUAAUUUUGGCGCAUUGAGACACACCAAGAGGAACUAUUGUUAUGAUUAUUUUUUUUCUCUUCCCCCCAUUUCCUCCAAAAAAAAUUACACCCCCUUCAUUAUCCUAUGUUUGAUUGAAGAAACAAAGGAGCAGACAUUUUGUAUAUUGAAAAACGGGACCGAGACGCCCCUCUUUUUCUUCUUUUUUGUUUGUUUCCUCCAACAAUAAAAGAACUGCAACCAUAUGAAGAAAUGUGACAUCCACGACGCUUCCAUCAACUCUUAUUUUCCCUUUUUCUGUGACGGACUGACACACAAACACACACAUGGGAUUUUUCAGAAAGGACCAGGACUCUCCUCCUGAUCUCAAAGAUCACCAACGUGUUUUUUUGUUUUAAUUAUUAUUACCAUCAUGACGCUCCUAAUUUAACGGACUCCAAGUGGAUUUUUUUUUUCCUGUCCUCGUUGUUUAUUUCCAACAAACAGAGCAAAAGACAUUUGAAAAGACUCGAGCUGCACUUAUUUGAGAGAAAAGAAAAAUCUGAAAAAAAUCUGUUGCCAAGUAUGAGUGAGUGGGUGCUGUGGAUUAAUGCUGCCCUUUGUAAGCAGUGUUCUUUGGUAGGUUUUAAUAAACACACGGAAAAAAAGAAAAAAAAAACUCUGUAAAGCCGGCAAUAUAGAUCACUAGAUCAGAUACUGAUCUGACUUAUUUACUUUAUAUUUUUCAUCAGAAUGACUUGUUUUAAUAUUUUAUUCGGAAUACAUAUGAAUUAUUCCCAAACGGUAAUUUAUUUCCCCCUUCCUUCCAGGGACUUGUGUAAGAAGCUUUCCCCUCAUUUUUUUUCUCUCUCUCGUUUUAGUUCAUUUCUUCAGCUUAUGUUUCAUUUUGUAUUCUUAAAAGGAGCACAAAUCACCACGAGCUGACCGUUGUUAGGUAAUAAGGGUAUAUUUUGAUGUGAUCAUUUGAUUGUAAUUUAAUUUCAGUAGUGGUUCCGUACGAGCUGAUUGAGACACAAUAAAUUUGUUAGAAUGAA